AUGACUGUAAGAAAAGCCAAAAUACUGAACUCGAUACAAAGACCAUUCUUAAUAAAUAUCACAAGAGCAUUUCGCACAACCUCAACGAACGCACUUCAAGUACUUGCGGGAGUACGUCCAUUAUCCAUAGAAGCUGAAAUAGAUGCCAUUACAGCAACAGUCCUACAGCUUAAAAAACCCGCCGAAUUCAACGGGAAAAUAUUCCAACCAGAUAAAUAUGAAACCAAACCACGUAAAUUCCAUACCCAUCCGGCAAUAAUACUGGAUAAUUUGAAAUGUAACCUAACCCAAACACCUCCCAACACCACGCUCAUUGCCUACACAGAUGGAUCCAAAAUAGACAACAAAGUUGGAUGCAGCGUGACUAUUCGGACUGGAACAGAUACCACUAGUGAAUGGCAAGGGCAUGUACGACCGGACAAUAGCGUAUUCCAAGCUGAACUGGCAGCAAUAAAACACAGCACAAGCUAUCUCCAAGCACGUACCAAGGUAAUUCAUAUUAUUACGGAUAGCCAAUCAUCAAUAUAUGCAAUAAAAUCUCCAACUAUCAGCUCUGCAUAG